CCCCUCGUCGAGGAGUCGCGGCGCACCGUGGCCUCAGAGCCCGCACCACGAGCGCGCGCCGAGCCUGGGCGACCUGCACCAGGAGCUCGAGUACGAGCAGGAGGGCCAGGUGGUAAGCUACGCCAAGUCAUCCGUCAGAGUCUCUUGUACCACUUCAGACAACUCUCGCAGUUUCGACUGCAUUGAGCAUAAAAGUCAAUAUAGCGACUAAUCACCCCCAGAACCGCCUCCUCAACAUGAUCCGCCAGCAGCAAUCCCAGAUCCAAGCCCUCACCACCCAGUCCGCACAACCCAACACCUCCGCCGUCGACGACAGCACCCCUACUUCCGAACGCUCCAUGUCCAUGCCGCCGCUGCCCACUCAACCCACCGCCAUCCCCGCCCGCACCACCAUGUCCCGCCAGUCCUCCUUCGCCAGCCGCUCUCGCAACAGCUCGCAGGCCGUCUCUCCCGCGCUCCGACCCACUUCCUCGCACGGCUUUGUUGGUUUCGAAAGCAGCGAGAGUCUGCCGCCGAGCAGCUGGGGCGGAAGAGAGAGGGACGAGAGCGCGUUCUACCAGGCGGAGACGCAGAACCUGACGCGGGAGAACCAGAUGCUCAAGCAGCGGAUACGCGAGUUGGGUAGGCUACCGCCCUCUUUUCGUCGACGUGCAAACUGACUGAUGGGCAAACAGAACGUCAACUCUCCGAAGCUGCCUCCGCCCCCGCCUCCAACACCAUCACACAUUCGCCAGCUACCGCUUCCAAUCUGCACAGCAGCCCCCCGAUUAGUCGCCAGGCCACC